UUUGAGGCGCUCUCCUGUACCACACGUGGUGACGGCGCGCCGGGGUUGUGCCUGUCCCCGCUGCGACGCGGCGACCGUUACCCCUCUAACCGGCCUCCCCGUCUGGCGGCAUGAGCUCCCCCAGCGAUGUGUCCUCCCCGGGAACCGGUUUCGGCCCGGAGGACAGGAAGCAGUCGGAGUUCCGCCGGGCUGCCCCCUCAACCCCGCGGGCGCAGGACUUGGCCCUCGACGUGGGGCCUCCCCGGAGCGGUGAGGGCGAGGGUGGCGUCUCGGGCCGCAGGGGCGACCGCGCAGCCCGCCCCCUCUAUGAGUUCAACCCCGAGUCCGAGGAGGAGGAGCUAGAGGCGAGAGCGGGGGUGCCGUGGGGCUGUGAAGGCCGGCCUGGGUCCCCGGCCGAGGAGGAGGAGGACGCCGCCCGGGGCCUCGUGGCCCCCCUCAGCGUCGAGUGUGCGGCCGGGCUGCGG